UCUAACUGACUAGUGUAUUCAGUCACGUGGGUCAACGAAGGUCAGGUCUAUGUAAAUAACAUUAACAGAAAAUUUAUAUCGCAUUUAAACAAGUUGUAAUGAUAAGGGUUAUUUCGUAUGAAAACGAAGUAAUAAAACACCUUUUAUAAAUAACUUUUUCUGGAGAAACUGACAAGGUGUACUCAAAGCAUCUAUUUAUGGACCAGUUAAAUCCAUAUGCUAUUGAAGUUAAUUAUCAGAAUUUGCUACAAAAUGAUGAUGAAUUUCCUGAUUCCCUGCUUGACAUCAUUACCCAGUCCUUGCCUGAUUUCAGUGAUCAUGAUGUUGAUCAGCUGACUGAAGACAUUAGCUUAUGCUUUCCAGCUCAGCAUUUAACAACAGAGGCAGACCCUGAGUUACACAGCAUUUGUGAUGCAACAAGCUUAUCAACUGCUGCAUGCUCUUCAAGUAUUUCACAUAAGUCAGAUAUAGUAGGUGUUCACCAGAUGCCACCACUUAAGCACCAGGAAUCUUCCCACUUUAGAAUCUCCAACAUGUUACCUGAGCCAGACUACUUCAACCUACUGUGUGGACCCUCAGAGGAGUCAAAUCAAUGUUUGUCUACAUUUACUGAUAUACAACCUGAGAACAAACAGAUCAGUACAGUUACAGAUGAGACUAGAGAACCAAUUUUUAAUAUCUUCCAACAUCACAAUUACACUUACCACAGUUGGAAGAACUUGACUGACUGUGGGUCUUGUAAUUUGUCAUUAAUAUUAACUUCUGGUCAAAGCAAGCUACCUACAUCUAAAUCAUUUAGUGUUGUAUCCAAUAAGGAUUUUCCAGAUAUUGAAGUAGACGAAUAUGUUGAUGUUGUUACAGUAGAUGAUGAUAACAGAAGUGAGCACUUGGCUGAACUCAUAAAUGAAAACUAUUCUGCAGCCCGCUGUAUCCCAAUCACAGAAGUUUGGCUCAGCAAACAUUCACUUCAUUGGAAUACUUUCAAAAGCAUAUCUGUCCAAGUUGAACAGAAUAGUUCAGAAAGUUACAAAAGUAUUGAAAUGUCUAAAAACUACAAAUCAGAUUCAUCAGCCUCGAUUCUAAUUGAUACAAUGAACUCAUCAGCAUUGAACAAGAAUAUUACCACACACACUAUACCACAAGUUGCUACUUCAAAGGAGACAUCAAUCAAAGGUUCUUCAUCAAGUUGGCCUCAGCCAAAAUCUUUGUUAUCUACUGUAAUAGAAAUUGGAGGUUCAUGUUAUGAAAGCCAGCCUUCCAUAAACUACUUGAACACUGUAAAUCGAGAUUUUGGGUGCUUUCCUCAAAAUAGUCUUUCAAAAAUUCCAGACUAUUUAAUUCAGUUUUCUAUUUCUAAACCCUAUAGCCAGUCUCUUGCAAAUCUUUGUUCCAAAACUUCAGUACAGACUUUCCACCAAAGAUCUGUUAAAGGAAAUGAAGAUGAUCUUACACUGCAAGUUGAAACAACUGAGCUAUAUGACAAAAUACCUAGAUACCUAAAAGAUGUGUUAAAAAAACAUUCUUCCAUAAGUACCUGUCGGAAAACAAGUGGGACUUCACUGUUGAAGCGUGAGUAUAUGAAGGAAGGACCACAAGGGAAGAAAGUAAAAGACAUUGUGCAGCUUACAUGAGAGAAAGUUCCAAGUGUAGAAAGAAAUCAGUUGCUUAUAAUUCAGUUUUUAAAUCAACAUCAUGGUCUAGUGGGAAAUGCAAUAUAAGGGAUUCUAGUUCUUCUUCAAAGUUAGAAACUAAUUUUAAAUCAUCUGGUUCUUCAACUACCAAAAUUAGCAGAUUAAUGAGUUGCAAUUGGUGUCAUAAUAGCAGAAAAAAAUGUCACUCUUCAUCUUGUGAUAGAUCCAAAAUGGUUUAUUUAUCAAGACCUCACUCUCAAAAUCAAGCUGACUCCAGGAAUUAUGGAAGGUCUAGAUUUCAUUCUCAAUGUAACUAUCAAAUUAGUAGGUCACCACUAAGCAACAGAAGCAAAACAGGUCUCCAGAGGAAAAGAUUGAAGAAGGUUUUAGAAGUUAAAAAGUGUCAAACUAUCUACGUUGGAAAAAUUCCAGACAACACUACUCGCACUGAUCUCCGUAAGAGGUUCACUAAGUUUGGUCAUAUCAAGGAGGUGAGCGUGCACCUUAGAGACCAUGGAGAUAACUAUGGAGUUGUCACCUUUUACAAAAAAUGUGAUGCCUAUAAAGCUGUGAAAUAUGGGAAUGAUGACAUUUCAUAUCCAAAUGCUGAUCUUUGCUUUAGAGGCCGUCAUCAGCUUUCUUAAGAGCAGCUAUACAGAUUUGGAUGCUGCAGAACUGAAGGACCUCCUUGAAACAAUCAUUCCAGAAUAUGAGCAUCAUUAAACAUAUCCAUUGAGUUUCACUGAAAGUUACAGUGAAGACUUUUAGAAAUGUAAAAGUACUUUUGUACUGACAAUAGAGUUUAUUACAAUUAUUAUUGAAAAAGAAAGAAUUAUAAUUUGAAUGCAUAGUGGAGUUAUUUUGCAACUGAUAUAUAACCUCUUAAUAUAAGUGUACAGUUGUGCAUAUUAUUACCAACAACUGGUAUUGGUAGAUUAGUUUUAUAGCUUUUGAUGUUCAAAUGAUUAUUUAUCACUCUGGCUAAUUCAAAACAAAGAUUGUACUGAAGUUGUACUACAUCCUAGUAGAUUAAUACUUACCAAACAAAAUAUUGUAAACUUUUUCCUCCCAACGUUUUUUUAUUACUAAGUUGCCCUACAGUGAAAACAAAGAUGAUUUCCACAAGGGAUUAUCUAGCACAAAAUUGUGAUAUAAAACUAUGAUCGUGUAUUGCUACUGAGAUAAGAAUUAUCAUAACUGUAUUUUAUACAUGGCACAUUCAAAAUUCCAAUAGCUAUCUAAGAACUAAUUUAACUACUUGACCUGACACACACCAUGUGAGUUUGUGUGUUUUGUGUACAAGUGUGUAUUCAUUCUAGACCUAUUUUAGUAAACUUGUGCUUUUACAAUUAUUCAUCAAUAUAUAAAGAUGCACACACCCUGAUAAUAAAAGUAGAUUAACAACUAAAAACUAGAACUACAGAAGUCCAGUUGCACCUUAUAAUAAUGAUAUUCAAAAUUUUCUGUUCUUCAACAAAUUUACUCCAUUAUUAAUCAUGUUCAAUUUUCUGACUUUAUUAUGCAUUAUUUAUUAUUUUGUGUGCUAUUGCCUAAUUUUUAUGUUUUUAUUUUAAUAAAUUUCAGUAAAGAAUUGCAUGGUCAUUCUUAGGCCACACAACUUGACUUUCCAAAACUCCUCUACUCUGUAUGGACACUGGCUUCUGUAUGCACAUAAGUUCACUUGAGCUGUAUCAAAGAAUUUGAUAAUAUUAUCAUGAUAACCCUUUACGGACCAAAGCAGUGUCCUUAAUAAUCUAAAUUCAUUUCUGUUUUUACCAUGAAAAUACUGAAGAAAGCUGUGUGAAACUUGUUACAAACUUUUUAUAUAGUGUGUAAUUUCUUCAGGACAAAAUUUACUGAAUUUGAUUUAGUACUUGCAUUUUUUUCUUAGAUUGUGAAAUACUUUUACUUUAUAAAAACAAAAAUACUUCCUUUAGUCUAAGACUUUUUUUCUUCCUUAUUCUUGAUCAGAAAGCUUCAUUUUAUAUAUCAAAUCAAUUUUGAUUUGCUUGGUUUUUCAUUACUGUAUUUUUCUUGAUACUUUACUUGACAAUUGGAGUUGGUUCCCCUGGUGUAAAUUAUACAAAUAAUGGUUUGACUGACAAUGAUUUACUGGUAAAUAAUGACCUCAGUUUCCAACAAGGUGACAACAUUACCUUUGUCAAACAUGGCAGAAUGCCAACAACAUUUUUGUUUGAGAUCUAUUUGUAUCUAAUAUUUAUAGUUUAUUUUCAAUAAGUUCUUGUAUUUGUAUGCAUUGUUUAACACAAUUAACUUAACAAUGUAUUAAAAAAAGGAUUUGUAUCAUCAGAAUA